AUGGAUGAUACUUUAGCAACCGAUGCAGCUGAUCCUUCUAUAGUUCACUGGACUCCACUAAGUAAUUGUGUGACCAAUUUUGCUGGUGAUAAAGCUACUUAUCGACAGACGUGGUCAGUCGAACUAGACUUUGGUUUGGACUUUAGAGUGAGUUACGGCGGAUAUUUUAUUAACUUUGGACCAAGUUUUAAAAGCGAAUUUAUUUUGGGUAAAGGUAUUGGUGGGAGUUAUUCGUGUGACGUAGAUCCUGGAAACACUUUACAGUUUGCAAUUCUUUUCACGACAUAUACAGUUGAAGGCGUCAGAUAUAGGCAGCUCAAGAGGAAAAGGAUUGGAAAGGGUAUCAGAUUUGGUCAUUGGAUCCCCAUCAAAAAAUAUGAACAAAUUGGCAGAAGCGACAUUCACGUUGCAUGCUUUACACAACCGCAAUACUUACGAUGUAAAAAUUCAAACUUAUAA